AUGGAUCAGUUCCUCGAAAGUGCUCAAGACAAGGUUCAGAACAAGAAAUGGUGGACAGCUCGCUGGCUUGAUGAUCUGUCAAAGCAGACGGAUGUUGAUGUGGAUACGCUCUCAAAAGCCAUAGCCGGAGUGGUGUUCGUCAUUUGUGCAUGCACUAAACAAGCAAGACUUCUCUGCAACAGUAUUCUCAUAGCAGUUCCAUUGAUUUCCACAUUUGGAUAUCCAAAAGAGGCCGCAUCCAAGGACGAUAUGGUGAUUUACUGGUGUAUUUUUGGAGUACUCACCAUAUGCGACACUGGAUUCGAAAAAAUGCCUCUCUAUUACGAUUUCAAGCUUUUACUCGCUUUGAUGAUGUUUUUGGACCCUCCUAGGCUUAUAGAUCAAAUCAAAGAGAUAAUAAAUGGGAAAUACACUGAAGAAAGCCGCAUAUUCAACAAAAAUGAAUUGGAUACAUUAAGUAAGCAGCACUCACCGCGUCCAGAGAAGCCGACCAGUGAGCCUGAUCCAGGCAGCAGUCGGGGCGAUUUGUCCGAGGAGAAGAAAGGAAAAAAGGCUGAAGCUGCCCCUUCAGAUAAGGAAUUGGCUGACGAAAUGCGAAAGGGGAGUGAACAGAAAGAGGUUGAGAAACCGCAGGAGAAUAAACCCGAGCAAACCACACAAAACCCUCAAGAGGAAGCGAAACCCAAAGAAGAAGCGAAACCUACAGAGGAAGCGAAACCUAAGGAAGAAGUGAAACCUGCGGAGGAAGCGAAACCUAAGGAAGAAGUAAAACCUGUGGAGGAAGCAAAACCUAGCGAAGAAGUGAAACCUCCAGGGGAAGCGAAACCUAAAGAAGAAUCGAAACCUUCAGAGGAAGCAAAAACUCAGCAAGAAGCGAAACCUACAGAGGAAGCGAAACCUAAGGAAGAAGUGAAACCUGCGGAGGAAGCGAAACCUAAGGAAGAAGUAAAACCUGUGGAGGAAGCAAAACCUAGCGAAGAAGUGAAACCUCCAGGGGAAGCGAAACCUAAAGAAGAAUCGAAACCUUCAGAGGAAGCAAAAACUCAGCAAGAAGCGAAACCUCCAGAGGAAGCGAAACCUAAAGAAGAAGCGAAACCUAAGGAGGAAGUUAAAUCUUCCGACGAAGGAAAACCGAAAGAAGAAGGGAAGCCUCCAGAAGUAGAGGAACCUAGGAAGAUGUGUAUAGCAAGUGCUAUUUCCCUGCACCCCGAUGAAGGAGACAAAAAGGAAGAAAGUACCCGCACUGCCAUUCUUCUCCGGUCCGGUGAAAGAGAGAAGAAGGAUGAAAGCUCUCGUGCAGCAAUCCCUCCCCAACCCGGUGAAGGAGGGAAGAAGGAAGAAGGCACCCGCACCUCGAUUCUUCCUCAGCCCGGUGAAGAACAAGCACUUGAAUCUGAGAAACCUAAGUGUCAUUGUCAACCAGGAACGACCUGCGACUGCAAAGAAGGAAAAGAAGGGUGCAAAUGCCAGAUCUGUACAUGUGAACCUGGUUCAGUAUGCAAAUGCAAAGGUGGGAAACCAACGUGCAAAUGUAGCCCAGGCACAAUUUGCAAAUGUGAAGCCGGAAAGGCUGGAUGUCAGUGCAAACUUGAUGUUACUUGUCAGUGCAAACCUUUGUGUGUCUGUGAGCCGGGCACAGUUUGCCAGUGCAAAGCAGAUAAAGAAGGAUGUCAAUGUCUUAUUUGUUCAUGCCGACCGGGAACUAUUUGCGCUUGUAAAGGAAAGAAAGGAUGUGAAUGUCAAAUUGAUCUAAUUUGCAAAUGCAAAGACACAAGUGAAGACGACAAGAAGAGCGGCUACGGGCCUUCAUCAGGCGACAAUGCAAAUCAACAGUGUACGCCAUCAACUAGCACAACCGAUAUCAGAGCUGAUCGCAAUAAAGGGCCGAAUCCCAUGGAUACCGAUGAUUUUUUUAAACUUCGUGGAGGUCCAGGAAUCGACAAUGUCACACUCGAUCCAGUUGUUAAUAUUCACGAAAUGAUAUUCCGUCCACUCGAUAGACUAGUAAGUGUAGUUUGA